AUGAAAUCAUUAGUUAAUGGAUCCAAGCUGAGAAACGCGUUUCCCACCGACAGUGUCAAAGGCUUGCAGUCGCUGUCAUGCACGAAAAGUCAAGAGUACUGCGAGAAAGACCAAUUGACCAUUCUGAAGUGUGACCUUCGGAAUGAGCAAUGCAAUAUCACCGAUCGCGUGACAUACCCUUACGCAGCUGUCAAAAGCUUACAAGAUCGGAUCGCCGAGCUUCAAAACAGGCUCGAUAUCCUUUCUCGAAACUCAUCUGACCAACCUCCAAGGCAAGCCGAAGAGAUCGGUGUUCUGGCUAUCGGAAGACCUAACAGCUACUCCGAGAGGAUAUACAUGGGUAGUGCCACUGGCUCAACCUUUGCCCGAAUCUUCUUCAAGCAGAUCAACCUGGAAUCUCUCCCCUCAAAAUUGCAAUCAAAGCGUGGAGACUUCUCUGGCUUGAACCAACAGCUUCUUCGAAGAAAUGCAGCGCUCCCGCCACAGCCAGUUGCAGUUUUCCUCUUGCAAACGUAUAUCCGCCGCGUUCAUGUUUGGUGGCCAUUCAUCUCGCUUCCGUUCCUGAGGAGAAGCCUCGCAAGCAUAUAUGAGGAACCGACACGAUGUACUGCACACCCGAAAUCUCUAGUUCUCUUGGUUCUGACUUUGGCCUCUGCCACUUGGCCCGAAAGCCAAGAAUAUCGGAGAAUGAUGGACUUGAACAGCCCAGCUGAUCACUUUCAGACAGGGUUUUGCUUCUUUCUCGAUUUCCACGACCACCCGAGAGACCUUCGGGAAUCGAAUCUUAGGAGCCAUGGCGAUGACCUUUGGCAACUGAGCCGCUAUGCCAUGUCAAUGGCCAUAGAAAUGGGGCUUCAUCGGCGUUUCGUCACUGCGGGAGACUUUACUGCUGAGGAUCGUGAGAUUCGUAGUCGCACCUGGUGGUGCGUAUACAGCUUGGAGAGACAGGUCGCAGUGAUCACAGGUCGAGUACUAUCGGUUCGAGACCACGCGAUAGAUGCGCCAAAGCCAUCACUUAGCAGCCUGGACGACCUGACAACUGCUAAAGUGCAGGCAGCACCCGUAUUCAAACGCCUUAACGUGAGACUUUCCUACCAUCUUGUAAAAUUGCGCCAAAUAGGCGGGCAUGUUCUCGAAUCUGUCUACAUCGCCAGGGCGCCGGAUGGGCGAGCGUCCAGAACUACAUUCCAGCAGAUCCGCAGCGAAAUCGAAGAUGUACAAAAAAAACUUGAAGGAUGGGAGGGGGAGAUGACACUUCUUGAAAUUAGCGGCACGCGAGAAUACUCUGAGAUGAAGGUUGAAUAUGGGCUUCUCCUGCUUCUAAUGUACCGGCCAUCUCCCACCUUCAUGAUACCCUCCAGCGACAUAAUUGAGAUAUGCUCUCGAUCUGUGUCUAGCAUACUCUAUCAUGGCAUCAUGGCCGUCUGUUGGUACGUCCGUCAUGUACACUCCGUCUUGAUGCUAGGACUAGCAGGCUUGUAUUGUGAUUGGCAUAUCAGAGCGAUGAUCCGUAAUCCUGACCCCACCCUCCUUCACUCCCAUGGGAGUGAUGUGUCUGCAUGCAUUGAUCUUAUCGAGCGCGGUACUAGCCGUAUGAAAGAAGAAGGAUUACUCAAGUAUCGCGGCCUUCUUCGAGCGGCACGGAUCAAAGUGUACGGGCCAACAACUUGUGAGCCACCCAGCGUACAGACUCAUACGACAGAUACCCCGUCCGCGCCACCUACUAGCUCUCCUGACACGCUUGGCAUAUUCGCUUCAGAAUGUCUACAAAUGGGACGUUUCCGUCGCAGAUCCAUGUUUCUCAGGUUGAUAAUCGUAAGAUCAGUGAUGGAAAGAGAGGGCCCCAUUACUGAGGCAACCCAGAAGUUGUAUGCAGCUGAAGUCGAGCGGGAUGUGUCGAGCACCAGAGAGCAGAUUUUGACGGACCUCGAGCAGACUCGAGAUUUGAGUGUGUUGGAAAGCUUGAAGUCUAAGCUUUGA